ACAAGAUUGAGUGCGAACUAUAUACAAUGUGAUUAUUAAAUAGUCCGACAAAAUUGUAUCCUUGGUAGUAUUAGAUGAGUUUAUGCUGGGAAAGGUAGUAAAAAAUUCUCUGUUUGCAAAAGUGUGCGCCACUGACACGUUCUCUUGUGUCGCGCCUCACAAACAACCAUGGGUCUUUUCUUGGAAGAUUUCUGGACGGAAGUGUUUUUUCUUUUGACCACUUUGGCAAUUCUUGUGCUGAGCUACUUCCACAAUGCUUACAAAUACUGGGAGAAGAGAGGAGUCCCAACCAUCAAACCGACAUUUCCUCUGGGAAAUGGAGAUACUCUCUUACCUGAAGGCUUCUCAGUUGGGAUGCUGAGUCGCAAGUUUUACGAAGAACUGAAGAAGAGAGGAGAAAAAUUCGGAGGUGUUUACCUGGUGACUCAACCAAACUUGGUCUUGGUGGAUCCUGAGUACGUUAAGGAUAUUUUAGCCACAGAUUUCCAAUAUUUCGUCGAUCGUGGAUUUUAUUUUAACGAGAAAACUGAUCCACUGAGUGCACAUUUGUUUGCUCUUGAUGGUACCUCCUGGAGAAAUCUUCGGAUUAAGUUAUCUCCAACUUUCUCGUCCGGAAAAAUGAAAAUGAUGUUUAAGACAGUGUUGGAGUGUUGUGGGUACAUGAGGGACUAUAUUGAAGACAUUCUUGAUAAAGAUUUGGACAUUAAAGAGAUUUUCAGUCGGUACACUACUGAUGUGAUUGGUUCUUGCGCCUUUGGAAUUGAAUGCAACAGUUUUAAAUAUCCAGACGCUGAAUUUCGCAAAAUGGGCAAAAAAGUGUUUUCUUUCGGGUUGUGGCGUUCAAUUUGCUCUUUCUGCAUUAUUUACUUCCCUAACUUGUCCUACCAUCUAGGAGUUCCAACUAACGAGAAAGACGUGCAAAAUUUUUUCAGAGGAAUAGUCGCAGAAAGUGUAAACACCCGCAAAGAACAGAACAUUAAACGAAAUGAUUUCUUGCAACUUUUGAUCGAUUUAAAAGAUCACUCUGCUCUGAGUUUGAAUGAGAUGGCAGCACAAGUGUUUUUGUUUUUUGCCGCCGGUUUUGAAUCCAGUUCAACUACCAUGACUUUUGUUUUGUAUGAGUUGGCCAAACAUCCGGACAUUCAGCAAGAGUUAAGAAACGAAAUUCGCAAAACUUUGGACAAACAUCAAGGCCAACUCACAUAUGAAGCAGUCAUGGAAAUGAAAUACUUACAACAAGUGAUUGAUGAAACUUUAAGGUUGUACCCACCUCUAGCAACUUUAAACCGGCGCUGCAUUAAAGACUACACUUUACGCAACACUGGAAUCAAAAUUGAGAAAGGUACUUCAGUCAUAAUACCAUCUCUUGGACUGCAUAUGGAUCCGGAGUUGUAUCCGGAUCCGGAAAUCUUCAACCCGGACAAUUUCAGUGAAGAGAAUAAGAAAAAAAGACCUAGUUUUGUCCACUUACCUUUUGGGGAUGGUCCAAGGAACUGCAUAGGCUUACGUUUUGCUCUAAUGCAGUCCAAAUGUGGCAUCGCUACAGUGGUUAAUAAUUUUAGAUUUAGUCUUAGUCCGGCCACAAAACCUCUAAGGUUAAAUCCGAAUUCGUUCGUCUUGAAUACGUACGACAAGAUUUAUUUACGUGCCGAGAGGUUGGCAAUGUCCAGUUUCAACAACCGCGUCAUGAUGAGUGUUUUUACCGAAUUUUGGCCACAAAUUUUGGUCUUCCUUGCAUUGUUUUUGCUAGUUUUGGUCAACUACUUCAAUUAUUGUUACCGAUAUUGGUCAAAAAAAGGCGUUGCAACAAUUAAACCCCGAUUUCCACUGGGCAACACCAACAUUAUCCUGCCUCAAGGUUUGUCAAUUGGGAUUUUGAGCAAGCAAUUUUACGAUGAAUUCAAAGCGAAAGGACACAAGUUUGGAGGUGUUUAUCUAGUGACCGAACCAAAUCUCCUGAUUGUUGAUCCAGAAUAUGUUAAGGAUAUUAUGUCUAAAGAUUUCCAACAUUUUGUUGAUCGUGGGUUUUACUACAACAAGGAAAAGGAUGUUUUAAGUGCUCACUUAUUCGCUAUUGAUGGUUCUGAUUGGCGAAACCUCCGAAUUAAGCUAACACCAACAUUUACUUCGGGAAAAAUGAAAAUGAUGUUUGAGGCAGUUGUCCAAUGUUCCAAACACAUGAUUGAAAAUUUAGACAAGAACCUUGGCUCUGACAUAGAAAUCAAAGAAGUUUUAGGCCGAUUUACAACCGAUGUAAUCGGCACAUGUGCUUUUGGUAUUGAAUGUAACAGUUUUAAGUACCCAGAUGCUGAAUUCAGAAUGAUGGGUAAAAAAAUUUUUGAAUACGAUUUAUGGAAGUCUGUUAAAGCAUUUUUUGCUGUCAAUGUACCAAAAGUCGCCUUACAACUUGGAUUAACGUCAACACCAGACGAUGUUAUAGAUUUUUUUACAAGAAUUGUUGCCGAUGCAGUAAAAAUGCGUGAAAGUAACAAUAUCAGAAGAAAUGAUUUUCUUCAAAUUUUGAUCGAUCUGAAAAACACCACAAGUUUGACUCUUGACGAAAUGUCAGCUCAAGUGUUUUUGUUUUUCGUAGCCGGUUUUGAGACCAGCUCAACAACCAUGACGUUUGCUUUGUACGAACUUGCCAGAAAUGAAAAAAUGCAGGAGAAACUAAGAUUUGAGAUUUGCCAAGUUUUGGACAAGACUGGCGGCCAAAUCACGUAUGAGAGUCUAAUUGAAAUGAAAUACUUGCAGCAAGUUAUUGAUGAAACUUUGCGAAUGUACCCACCACUGCCAACACUUAAUAGGCGCUGUACCAAAGACUAUGUUCUACGUGACACCAAUAUCAUCAUUGAGAAGGACACCCCGAUUUUAAUUUCCGCUUUAGGGCUUCAUAUGGAUCCGGAGUUUUUCCCGAAACCAGAAAAAUUCGACCCGGAAAGGUUCACAGAAGAGAAAAAGAAAGAAAGACAUCCCUUUGUGCAUUUGCCAUUUGGUGAUGGUCCCAGAAACUGUAUUGGCUUGCGCUUUGGGGUCAUGCAAUCAAAAAUUGGAAUCAUUACAAUUAUUAAAAAUUUUAAAUUGACGGUUAGUUCUAAUAUGAAACCAGUACAGUUCAAUCCUUAUGUUUUUCUUUUGAAUAUUAAUGACAAGGUUUUACUGCAAGUUGGGAAAUUGUGACAUUUGCAAAAAUUGAAGAUUUUGUUUGAUUUCUUUAUGUAACAUCAUCGCCGGCUUUAUACAUACAUUUCAUUAAGGAGGCGGUGUGUAACAUAAUGAAGGAAUAAGUUUCUGAUUAUAAUAGGUACUGUCAAUAAAAAUAUAUUAGAAAACA